AAAAAUUUGAAAAAUUUCAACCAGGUUAUUACAGUUUUAAAGAAAUGCAUAUUAUUCUUAGAACUUUUGAAACUCUUUUUGUUGAAUCUAAAAAAUUAUCUUCAAAUAUAAUAUCUUCUCUAAGUCCUAUGGAGUAUCUUGCAGAAGUUCUUGUAUCUGAAACUGCCAUUAGAUUAAUUGCUCAGGAUCAAAAUAUUUCAUUAUUGGAAUCAGCAGAAGUAAUGAAAGAUAGUACAAACUUUGGAAUGUAUGUUCAUGAUGUAGAGGAGUACAACAUUUAUGAAAUAAUUGAUAUAAUUGAUAAAUAA